AUGGCAAACGGUGAUGAUCCCUUCUCAAUGUCUGCACUACUCGCUUCUUUACAACAUCCACCUUUCACCUCCGCAACACUACCCAUCACUCCACCGCUUCCCCCUCCUCCUACUCCACGUGGCAUCCUCUUCGCCAUUCCUCCUCCAAGAUACGACGUCGUCGAUCAACCUCCAAACUCAUUCAUUCCCGGCGGACUCUUAACUCCUCAGUACCCGGAGUCUCCUAUGCACUCGAUGUUCGACCUCAUGACUGACAGCAAAGGAGAAGUCAACAUGGGUAGGUUCAAAGAGAUGAUCUCAAGAUUGUCCAAAAGAGAGUUUCAAGAAGUGGCGUCUCUGCUGACGUCAGACCCCGACUACUUCUUGGCGAUCGCAAGAAACAAGAACGGCUCCUACCGGCUACAGAGCCUCAUCGGAAAAUCACACGACGCUGACAACUUAUUCUUCGCCGCGAUCUUGCGCAGGUUCCUCCACGUCAUGACCGAUAGGUAUGCGUGCCACGUGGCGACGCGGGGGAUGCGAGUUUUCGACGACGAGAAGAAAGAGUUGAUGUACGAGCACAUGAUUCUCCCACACGCGCUUCGACUGGCGUGUGACAAACACGGAUGCAUCGCCCUCAACGAGAUCAUAACCGACUCUGACCAUCCUUUCUACAGAAGCCAGCUCUUGGAUAUAGUCGCGGACAACGCUCUCUUCCUAUGCAACGAUGCGUCAGGGAACUAUGUGGUCCAACGCGUGCUUACGCUGAAUGACUUGCGUUGCACGCAUAACAUUGCGGUUAGUCUUGUUGGCCGUUUCGUUGAGCUAUCGUCUAACAAGUGUGGAAGUUACGUCGUGGAGAGGCUUUUGGAGACGGAGGAGUCGAUGGUUCUUGUGGUGGAAGAGCUUUUGGAGUGUGAUGGAGGUAGGUUGCUGCGGCUGGCGAGGAAUGAGUUUGGGAGUUUCGUGGUGGUCAAGGCACUGAGAGUCACGCAGGAGGAGAAUAUGUUUGGGGGUUAUCUGUUUUGGGGUUUGGUGGAUAAGCUCAUGCCUUUUGUCCAUCUGUUGCGUAGGUCUUGUGGAAGCACUAGUGUUGCAGCAAUCAUUGAGUCGGUUUCUGUGGCAAACUAG